ACAGUGACGUACAUUUCAUUUCAAUUAGUAUGUGAAAGUGUUGUAUAGUUCUGUCAUGGCUCUAAUGUACACAUUAUUAUCACCCCCUCUCCAUUUAAACCAAGCAACACUACUAAUAAAAAGAUUACCUCUUCUUGGUUCUAACUAUCAAUGGAGUGCUGCAGAUCUUCUUUGUCAGUCUCAUCAGAGACUCAACCAGGUAAGGAAAAGGUCAUGUGGAGUUUAUGCAUCACUAUCAGAAACGGGAGAGUAUCCUUCUGAGAGUCCACCAACACUACUAUUGGAUACCAUAAACCAUCCAAAUCAUAUGAAGAAUCUCUCUACCAAGGAAUUGAAACAACUUGCGGAUGAACUGCGUUCAGAUGUUAUUUUCAAAGUUGCUAAAACUGGGGGACAUUUGGGAUCAAACCUUGGUGUUGUGGAACUCACUAUUGCACUUCACUAUGUUUUCAAUGCUCCUAAAGACAAAAUCUUGUGGGAUGUUGGCCAUCAGUGUUAUCCACAUAAAAUUCUUACCGGUAGAAGGAAAGAGAUGCAUACUCCGAGGCAGACGGGUGGAUUGAGCGGGUUUACAAAACGGUCUGAGAGUGAAUUUGAUUGUUUUGGCGCUGGUCAUAGCUCAACAACAAUAUCAGCUGGGCUAGGAACGGCAAUUGGAAGAGAUCUGAAGGGAGAAAAGAAUAAUGUAGUUGCAGUUAUUGGCGACGGCGCCAUGACGGCCGGUCAAGCUUAUGAAGCCAUGAACAAUGCCGGUUAUCUUGAUACCGACAUGAUUAUUAUUCUAAAUGACAAUAAACAGGUCUCUCUACCUACUGCUAAUCUUGAUGGUCCAAUACCACCUGUUGGUGCUUUGAGUAGUGCUCUCAACAGGUUACAAUCAAACAGACCUCUUAGAGAAUUGAAAGAGGUUGCCAAGGGAGUUACCAAAAAAAUUGGUGGCUCAAUGCAUGAAUUGGCUGAAAAAGUUGAUGAAUAUGCUCGCGGUAUGAUUGGCGGUUCUGGAUCAACACUUUUUGAUGAGCUUGGACUUAAUUAUGUUGGCCCUGUUGAUGGUCAUAACAUUGAUGAACUUGUUGCAACUCUUGAAGAACUUAAGUGUUCUGAGAAAACUGGUCCUGUACUAAUCCAUGUCGUCACUGAAAAAGGCUAUGGAUACCCGUAUGCAGAAAAAGCAGCUGACAAGUACCAUGGUAAAACAGGCAUUCAAAUUUUAUUUUGCCCUUCAUUUCCAUGGGAAAUGGAAUUGGCGUUGAAAUACCACCAGGGAAUAAAGGCAUUCCUCUUGAGAUUGGAAAAGGUAGGAUAGUGAUUGAAGGGGAAAGAG